CGGAUGUUGUUGUUUUUUUUUGUCACUGGCGUGACAGUCCAGUACAGUCCGACUGAACUUCGAUUUAUUUUUGGUUGUGAUUAUCUGUAACAUGUUACCGGAUAUAAAAGGCAUGUGCCCAUUUGUGGAAGACAGUUUUAGUCGUUUUCCCUCGCAGAGUAACAUAUACGGACUAUGUCGAGCUGGAGAGCAGGAGUUACUAGCUGCGACUCUGAAGGGGAAAGUAGUGUGCUUCAGAUACCAGGACCUGCAGAGGAAGAUCAGACCUGUAGCCAGAGAGAUUCAGUUCACAUAUAUACCAGUUGAUGCAGAAAUCGUGUCCAUUGACGCCUUCAACAAAUCAGCACCUAAAAGAGGACUGGUCGUAGGAAUAACCUUCAUUAAGGACUCAGGAGAUAAAGCAACUCCUUUUCUUAACAUUUACUGUGAUUAUGAACCAGGGUCAGAAUUUAACCUAGAGUCUAUUGCACAGAGCUGUCUGAACCUGGAGCUCCAGUUCACCCCCUUCCAGCUUUAUCACACUGAGGUGCAUUGUGGAGAUGGAUCCAGUGAGACUGUGUUUCUCCUCAGUGGGCAUGAUCAGCGCAUACAUCUUUACAAAGAGAAUGCAUCUCUGCACCAGUUUGAGGAACAGCCAGUAGAAAGACUCUUUCCUGAACUGCAGGAGCUGCCAAGCAAUGUGUUAUGGUUAAAUGUCUUGAGCAUUGAUCAAAAUCGGCGCCUCACCACAUUUGGAUGUCAGAACGGUUCUGUGGGACUUUCUCUUGUCAACCAAAAGGGACCUGAGAUUCUCCAAAACUGGCGCGUGCAGCACGACAGUCCCAUCUCCACUGUACUGCUGUUCCCUUCGAAACAGCAGCACCAGAGCAAUGACACAAACAGCAGUCAAAUGGAAACAUUUAAUCUGUUGGUGACCAGUGCAAUAGAAAUGGCUGUUGUUUACAGGGAUGUGGAGCAGUAUGGACUGAGCAAACAGCUGUGUUUGGCAGAAAGCGACCAGUGCGAUGCAGUUCUCUGUGCUCUUGUUGUUGAUCUGGACUUUGAUGGACAACAUGAGCUGUUGCUGGGAACAUAUGGACAGGACCUACUGUGCUACAAAUUUCAUCAACCAAUGGGAGCUUUUGAAGAUAAGUUACAGCUGCUGUGGAAACGAAGUUUUAAAAGUCCCCUGCUGUCACUGAUUUAUCUCGACCUGGAUGGUGACGGACUGAGAGAGCUAGCCGUUCUUACCUUAAAAGGCCUGCAUGUCCUACAGCACAGUCUGAGAACAACCGCUGAUCUUGUCCUUCACAGAUUGUCCACUUUAGCAUCAAGACUGCCUACUUCUUCAAAAGACCAGCCAAUCAAAAACCAAGAUAGCGAAGAGUCCAUUUCAAUCAGCAAUGAACAGAGAACUUCAACCACCUAAAAAUGACUUGUUGACCGAUAUUUAUUUUUUUCAAAUGUGGCCAAGGAAUCCAUCUAAACUGCUAAACUGCUCUUGCCUGAAGAGUGAUGUCACCCUUCAGUAAUGGAUUAUAAUGCCAGACCUACUUUUCCUCGAAUUUUACACCAGUGCAAAGACUAUAAAGUUGAUGCUGUUAUGUGAUGUAUACACUGAAAUGAAAAUUACUUUUUGCUGGUGUUG